CCGCGAACCGAGCUUGCUUCAAGAGCAGUCUUUGAGCUUCGCGGCGCCCGUGUCUCAACCGUGGCCGUCGCUGCAUCAGCCCAUCCAUCUCCUCCUCGCCGCCGCCUCGAGCGCAUUGUGCUUCUAGCCGCCCGCAAACGCACACCGCUGCCUUAUCGCGCUUCCGAUAGUGUCCGCGGCGCCGCAUUGACGCUUGCAACCUCUCCGCCCGCUCCUGAUCCGUCCUCUCCAACCACCCGAAUUCGCACCAGAGACAAAACGUCUCAGCCCCCGUGCACCCCUCUUCUCGCCCGCACACGCACUCACAUAUUGCUACGAGAGACAUGGGCAAAUACACUUUUACCUGGGAACACGAUGCCCAAAACGUCUAUGUGACGGGCACCUUCGACGACUGGCAGAAGACGGUCCAGCUGCACAAGGAAGACGGCAUCUUCAAGAAGACUGUCGAGCUGCCCCAGGCCAAGCAUCAGUACAAGUUCGUCGUCGACGGCAACUGGGUCACCAACGAAUCGGCCCCCAAAGAAGCCGACGCAUCGGGCAUCUUCAACAAUGUCCUGACCCCCGACGACAUCAAGGAAGAGCCCGUCAGCACGCUCUCCUCUGCUGCGCCCGAGUCGUCCACCGCUGCGCUCGCCGGCGCUGUUCCCUUGCAGAACAAGCAUCUCCAGACCCCUGCAAAUGAAGACCUUCCUGGCGCCUUCCCUCUCACUCCCCCCGCCGAGACUCCGUCGCAAGAGCCCAAGGCCUUCUCCAUCAACCCCAUCCCUGCUAGCGAGGGGCUGGGGAACCCCGUCACGCUUGCACCUGGCGAGAAGGUCCCUGAACCCUCCACGCUUACAAGCAAUACGAUCGAUUCUACCGUGAAGCACGACAGGGAGCCAGAGUCCGAGGACGCGACUGUCAGCGUUGCGCCCAUUCCUGCGACCGCAGGUGCCGGCAACCCCAUUCACCUCGCGCCCGGCGAGAAGGUUCCUGACGCAAGCACAUUGACCGGCAACACCGUCUCGAGCACUGUCACGACCGAUGCGGCUUCUUACGAAAAGUCCGAUGCGCUCCCUCCCCAGCUUGCGGCCCCGGUCUUCACGCCUGAAGCCGAGAGGGAAGCCCAAGGCGGUAUGUUCAGCCUUCCUCCCCUUGCUGGCAGCGUUGUCCCGGAGUCAAGUCUUCCCAUGGGCGUAGCUGCUAAGGUUGAGCAAGACACCGGCAUCCACAUCCAGUCCGCUGCUCCCACGAGCACGACUGCUGCGCUCGCGGCCCAAGUCCCGAAAGAACCUCGCGUACCCGAGACGGUGUCGGAGAGCCAGAAGGCGGCUGGUUUCGAGCCCGAGGCUUCGGCCAACGCUGAGGCUGUCGAGGAGAAACAGGAGCUUGAGCAGGAGUUGAAGGACAAGGUUCCCGAAGCGCCGGCUACCUCCACCAACGAGAAGACUGCUACUCAGCAGGCCACCGAGGCCGCAUCUGCUGGAGCUGACACCGCGAAGCAUGUCGGCGAGGUCGCAGCCGCCGGUGCUGUUGGUGCUGCUGGUGCAUUCGCUGCCGCCACAUACGCUGCGAAGGACAAGGCCGCCGAGGCGGUUGGUUUGAACGGCCAGGCCACCACCGCUGCCAGCACUGUCCCCGAUGUCGUAGCCGAGAGCCAGAAGGAAGCCCACGUUAGCCCCGAAGCUGCUGCGAACCCCGAGGCUGUUGCAGAGAAGAAGCAGGUGGAAUCAGAACUGCUUUCCGAGGUCGGAAACCAAAGCAAGACUGCCACUGCUGCCGAUGCAGUGCCCGCAGUCGUCGCUGAGAGCCAAAAGGAGGCCCACGUUAGCCCCGAGGCAGCCGCUAACCCUGCGGCAGUCGCGGAGAAGAAGCAAGUAGAGUCUCAAUUGCUUUCGGACGCGCUCUAUGCAGACCAGACACCCAGCGAACAGCCUGCCCGCGAUGUGCCCGCUGUGGUCGCUGAGAGUUUGAAGGAGGCUCAUGCCAGCCCCGAAGCUGCUGCCAACGCAGAGGCGGUGCAUGAGAAGAAGGACGUUGAGUCGGAGCUGCUCAAGGAGGUCAAGAAGGCGACUGAAUCGGGCGAGCCUGCACCCACCAUCACUGCUGCAACAAGCGCAACCGCUCCAGCUCUCUCCGACGAAGCAUUGGCUGACUCGAAGCCCCUCGAGUCUUCCAGCGAGCCCAAUGUGCUGGACGAGGCCAAGUCGAACGCGCCUGCCGGUGCACCUGCUCAGCCGGCUACUGCCGAGAAGGUUGUGGACUCUCGCGAUGUCUCUCCCAUGUCGAAGCAGCCAACGACCAACACACAGACCGGACCCGUCGUCACCACCGGCGUUCAGUCGAGCACUGCCCCCGAAAAAUCGACACCUGAGACACCCAAGAAGGAUGCUGCUCCGUCAAACACAAACACUCCCGAGAGCGUUGCAUCCGGCACCACCGACAAGAAGAAGAAGAGGCGCUCGUUCUUCGGCAAGCUCAAGGAGAAGUUCUCCUCGAAAAACUAGGCGAAACCACCCGCACGCACAUCUGGGCGUUCUCUUGGAUGGCCUCCUCGAUUGUUCAUGUCUCGGAGUUGGUCUUCUGGUAUAUACCACUGCUUGUUUCAUGUGUUUUCUUGGCUGCACUGCGAAUUCCCGUGUCUCUCGCGAUCUGUCCGUUCUGCAAGCAUAUACCACUGUGGGGCGUUUGCCUGGCGACGAAUAUACCUCGGAAGGCUAGGCACGUGUCCUCUAUGUAGGGCGCACAUGCGGUAGAGUAGGUAGUUACAUAAUUUGGUAAUUGAGAUGUUGAAAUUGUUCCAG